UUUCAAAUUUGAAUAUCAAAAUUCGAUAUGUCAGAAUCUACCGUUGACAUUAGAAAACAUAAAGACAAAGCUUGAAUAUUCCUCAAAACUAAUUUAAUUGCAGUAUUUUAUUUUUUUUGCCUCGGUUGGAAAAUUAAGUUGUAGAAUGAAGUGGCUGCAGGCAGUGCGUCAGUUAGCCCGCGUCAGGUCUCGCCGGUACAGCGGCUUCCACGACACCCUGGACCACGUGACCGGCAUCGAGAAGCGAGAGCUGCUCGCGCACAUGGCUGGGGACUGCGACCCCUUCCGCAUCAUGGCCAUUAAGAAAGGUCCAGGUACGAGGGAGCGCCCCAACCUGAUCCCCAGCGCGUUCUGCUCCCGCAUCAUGGGGUGCAGCUGCUGCCCCGAGGACAACCACCUGGAGUACAUGUGGCUCCACAUGGGCUACCCCAAGCGCUGCGGCUGCGGGUACUGGUUCGAACUGUGCCCUGUCGCCCCUCUCUAAUGAUGUAGUGCUUAGUUUAGAUUAGAAUUGAAUAAAGUAUUAUUCGGACUAAUGA